GCAGCAGCAGCAGCAGCAGCAGCAGCAGCAGCAGCAUCCAGCUCUCUGUCUCUGGUGGAUCAGUGAUCCUGCAGAGUCCUGUCCUCCCUGUGAUGGAGGGAGAUGACGUCACUCUGAGCUGCAGAGCAAGGAAUCCAACCCACAACCUCCCAGCUGCUUUCUAUAAAGAUGGCUCCUUCAUUGGUGAUGGAUCAUCAGGUCACAUGACCCUCCUCCAUGUUUCCAGCUCUGAUGAAGGCCUCUAUAAAUGUAACAUCAGAGGUCAUGGAGAGUCUCCAUCCAGCAGGAUCUCUGUCAAAGACAGAAUCUCUUCCACUCUUCCUCCACCUUCCUCCUCUCCUCCUCCUCUCUCCAUGGUCCUCUCUCUCUCUCUCUCUCUUUCUCUCUCCUCUGUUGGUUUUCUAUUUUUCUUUCUGUUGCUGGUGGUUCUGCUGACUCGGCGCCUCUGCAGGAAGCCAGCAGGCAGAAACUCAGCAGCUGUUUGUUCACCAGCAGAGAUAAGAGAAGGUCCAGACAGAACCGGGUCGUCCACUGCAGCUGAUUUUUCAUCGAUACGGAGAAAAACAGCAGACGAUCCAAACGCAACAGAACCCGGUCCAGAACCCGGUCCAGAACCCGGUCCAGAACCCGUUUACUCAUCGGUGAGGAGAGAGAGAGACGUGACGUACGGGCCGAUCAGCAUCAGGACCAGGAGAGAACCAGCGGCGGAACCAGAACAACACGUGGUUUACUCCCUGCUGAAGUGGAGAGCGACCCAACCGGACCCGGCCAACCCGUCCAGCUGCUGACCUGACCUCUGACCUCUGACCUCUGGACAGCUGCGGCCGGAACCCAGAACCCAACCGGAACCAGGUGGUUCUGUUGAUCUGGGUUCUGUUCUGCUGACUUGUCAUUUAAAUUCAUCAUAACCUGAAAAAAAAAUAUUUAUUUUUAUACAGAGAAAAUAAAUAAAAUCAAUCAAGUUUUGUGAUUUUCACAGAGCAGAACGUUUAGAUCCUUCAUCACCAGUUCAACCAGUUCAACCAGUUCAACCAGUUCAACCAGUUCAACCAGUUUAACCAGUUCAACCAGUUCACCCACAGAUACACCAUCCAAACUUUCUCCUGAAUAAAAAGACUUUCUUUCUCAUAAUUAUAAUAAUUAAUUGUGGUAAAAUUGUUGAAACUAAAUUUUAUGACUAUAAUCUCAUAACUAGAAACUUUUUCAGCUCUGAUUCUUCGUCCUCACAGACAAAAGAUACUUUUGAAAAUGUUUUCUGUCAUUUGCAGUUUCUUAUUUUAGAAAAGAGAAAUAAAUGAAAAUAUGAUCUGAUGAGUCAGAUUAAAUUUUUAUGUCAUAUUUUUUCCCUCACAUCUCCAAACAAACAGUCAGACAGUCAGUCACUGGAACUACAGCAGAGACUGUUGCCUCAGUAACAGGAGCCCUGAUUGGUUAAUCCUGCUGGCUCCUUUCUAUGAACUUUAAAUAAAUAAAUAGUGGAGGCCCCUGUCAUUCAGGGGCCCUUUGAAUUGUCCUAACUUCCCUCCUGGGGCCACCAACAAAUAACUUUUCCAGUUUGUCUUUUUGUCUUGCUAUAUGUGUCAUAUGUUUCCAUCCAACUUAUCAGUUAUUUAUAAACUGUUAUUAAUCAUUACUUUUACCAAUUAAUUUAGUCCAGAGGUUUCUAAUUUAUACUUAUUUAUUAACCAGAACAGAGAUUAGAAAAACCUUUGAAUCCAAAUUAAUUACCUUAGCAAAAACAUUUUAGACUCUAUUCUCCCAACCAGACAUGAAAUUAAACCAGAAGAAAGUUAUUUAUACUUUUCUACCAACCCUGAAUGAGAGGAUCUAGUUUAUCUAGUUUAGUUACUUUGGAUCAACAUUAGAUUAUUUUUAUUCUUUGGUUUUGUUUGUGUUUCCUUUUCAUUCCUGUAAACCAUUUUGUU